GUGCAUGCUAUUUGGCUGGAGUUGACAGCUAGACCGUGACAAGUGACAAUGUUAUAUUUACAUGUACAUGUAGUUAAAGAUAGAUGUGAUUUUCAAUACAUGCAGAAGGUGAUUUUUCUACCCUAUAUAGUGAGAAUGAAGAAUCUCUGUACAUAAAAUGCAAAUCAUGAAGUUUAAGGCUCAUUGACAAGACAGAUCUGUUUCUGUUGACAUUAUGGAUAAGAAACUACAGAAUAUAAUUACCAGAUCCAAAUAUGUGGAAAAUGGACCAAAUAGCAGUGAAACAUUGGACGAACAAAACAAUGGCAAUGAGACGACAGAGAAACGUCGAUCGCGUGGUGAUUUCCGCAGACGUACAGAUUCCGAUCUUCAUGAAAUGUACCCGAAUCAGUUCUAUGCGCUAAAUGCAGCUACUAUCACCGACGUACAUGAUAUACCAGUUAAUUUGGUUGCUAAUGAUUUUGGAACUCUGGCAAAUGACAUACUCCAGGAUUUGAAGAAGGAUUCAACCCUCCAUGCAAUUGCAGCAAAGACACAGAAGCAUUUCAUUGGUAAACAAGAGGCUGAGAUUGAGGUUGUGAUUGAUAUGAUUGUUGCUAAAAGAGGAGGACUGGAUGAGGCUCUGCUGUAUGUCGUAUCUGAGAUGAUUGUACAACCAAAGGUAGAGGCCUUCGUAAAUGUGCUGCUACAUAGGAACGCAAACACAUCAGCCACUGAUAGGAAUGGAAAGACAGUGCUCCACUAUGCUGCCCAGAAGAAAUUUGAGGGUGUGUGUCAAAAGCUGUUGGACAGGAAUGCUCUUCCUCACAUGAGAGACAACGAAGGCAAGACACCAUAUCAUAUUGCAAUAGAGAAUAAAUAUGAUGAGAUAGGUGCCCUUAUGCUGGCCUAUAUGCCAAACAACAUUGCUAGAGACUUACAUACUGCACAGGGGAAUACACCUGCAGAGUUUGUCCUUGCGAAUUUAGUUGACCUUGGAAUGAAAGCGACUGUUCAGGCACUACUGAACUGUCUCAUUGACCGUUUUGGCCCAGUGGACAGACAUAAGAUCUAUUUUAAAAUGCUGGAUGCCGAUUCUCAAGGCUUUCCUCCAAAUCACUCAAAGUUCAAUACAAGGGGGAAAUCUGGACUUCAUAAGCUAGCGUAUGUUGGAGAUAAGGACUAUAUAUACCAUGAUGCAGUCAGGUUGUUGAUACGACGUAAAUGGAAACAUUUUGCAAAGUUCAGGUUCACUUGUAGCGCCAUCAUGUUCCUUGUGUCACUCUUCAUUCUGACAUUUGCUGUUGCAGUAGCAUGUCAGGCCCCUGACCCAAUGGUUUAUGACACACCAUUACAGAUUGCCAGAGCUGUUUGCGAAGUCUGGAGUGUAGUUUUUGUCCUCUUUCAUCUCUUUCUGGAAAUCCGACAGCUCGUGAAAAUGAGACGAGACUAUUGGAAGGACAUGUUCAAUUAUUUUGAUUUGUUGAGCAUAUCACUUUUGCUUACAGUGAUUCCCCUGAGGAUUUUAGAUGUCAACGAACAGUGGUACAUUUAUUCUCUUGGAUAUGUCAUCUGGACAGUGAGGAUCUUCAAAUAUGCGGCUGUGUUCAGGCAAUCUGGUGCUUUCGCCCAAAUUCUUUGGGUCAUAAUCACUCAAGACAUUGUUCAAUUCAUGAUCCUUUUUGGUAUCAUCCUGUUGGCAUUCAGUGGUAGCUUCCAAUUGGGUCUGCGUGGUGAAGGCAACAUGACUCAGCUAAAUAACACAAUAUCAAUAUUAGGUACCAUGUUUAUGGGGCUACGGACACUCGUUGAACAACAACCAGUUACCGAAUACACAGAUAUUGAGUAUAAAUGGUUCUCUAUUGCAUUAAUGGUUAUAUACCUCACUGUCUGCAUAAUCAUACUGCUGAAUCUCCUCAUUGCACGUCUCACAGACACUUACCAACAUAUACAGCAGGACUGUCAGCGUGGCUUGGAAAUCAAUCGGGCAUGGAUCAUAACCAGGGUCGAGCGCAACAGCAUCUUCCUCAACUUCAAUUACAGAACAAAGUACUACAGGGAAGUCAAAGUGGUGGAAAACUACAAGGACAAACUACUAAAGUGGGAAAAUCCUCCGAUUCACACAACCAACCGCUUAGUGACUGAGGUUAGAGAUAGAGUGAAUGAUAUUCAGGAUUUCAGCAUCAGGGGUCUUAAUGCUAGAAUGGAGCGUCAUGAGGAGGUGUUGUCAAAUAUUCAAGACCAGCUUGAGAAGAUCCUUCAACUCCAGGCAACCCAGGCAUCCAUCCUUGUAUCUGUCAGCUCAGGGAAUCACAAUAAUAAAGAUGAUGAUCACAAAGAUGCAAAUGAUCGCAGCAAUGUGAACGAUGACCAUCCAAACCAAAAUGAGGUAACAGAUGGUAAUUAUGAGAAACAUGACUCACCAGAGACAAACAAGAAGAAGAAUGUUAACACCCAACACGAUGAUGUCUUUCAUAAUAGUAAACCAUCUUAUGGUUUUGCUGAAUGUUCAGGCGAAUCCCUUGAUGAAAAUCGUGUUGCUGAUCCUCCUGACGAGGUUGGAGAAGUAACUAGAAGAUACAAUAAAGUAGCACGAAGUUCCAGUGCUCCAGCUGCAAAGAAACCAAAGGUUCAUUUUAACCCAAAUAGACAGACUGUCACGGACCAAGCGAAAUCUAGCUCGGGGGGCUCUGCUGAUCAAGUUAUGUACAUAUAAGAUUAUACUAUGUGCAUAAAGGAUCACGUUAUGUACAUUUA